GUUUUUGCAGGUAGUCUCCUUCAUGUUAUGGUGGAGUUCGCUGUGGGCGACUUGUACGACGCCGUUGCAAGCAGAACCACCGUCGCUGUAAUCAAUCCCGCGGCUUCUUACGAGUGCAAAUAUUGUCCUAUGUUCCAGAUCUCUGGGGCUGCACUACGUGAUUCGGAUACUGGGCGAGCUCAUGCUGCAGCUCACCGAAUUGCAUUUGAAGCCUUGCUUGAGCCUUCCCCGGUGCUCAUAUGCCCUAUCUGUGACUUGCCUCAGAAGACCAGUGAAGUCGCUUGUGUCUUUGGUUGCAUGUUCAAUGAUCUGGAUCUGGUCGAACAUCUUGAACAUGAGCAUGACGAAACGCUACGCGACGAAAUGGUGUGUGACUUUUCGGAUCCGCGGUAUCUGCUCACUACAUUUCGAGAAAAACGGUCUUCAUCAAAGAAAAGUGUGCUUGAAGCUAGGACUUCGGAGGCAAGCAGCGAUUCAACCGCAGCUGAUGACGAUAGAAACACUAUAGUGUUGAGUGAUGGCGACGUCGAGUCUAAUGCUGAUGAGGAAGCUGAAGAAAAGUUUUCUCCAUUAAACACCACCGACUCGCCCAGUAAUGAAGGUGCAGCUAGACAAGAAACAUCGAGUGCUGAACCUGCUGCAACGAGUAUGGAUAUCAGCAAUACUGACUGUAGUCCUCCUGUCGCCAGUAGUGCCGGUGAGCACUUGCUUGAUCCUCCCGAAUCAAGCACCGCCCAGGAUUCUGAUGUAGCAAGGCUCAAUCCUGAAAGUGAAUGCAAUAAUAACAAUAGCGAAGCAAUGGUCAUAGGCACUGAUUCAAAUCAUACCAAGACGCAAGAGCAGCUGAGCAGUGAACCCAUCCCAGAACCUAUCGUUGAGGUUGAACCGCGACCUCGUGAGCAAAUGGAGGGUGUAAGUUUCGUCGCUUGUCUUGUUUGCGAUUGGUCACCGCAGACAUUCUCUGAUCCUCACAAAAUGCGAGAAGAAAUAUCAUCGCACGUGCGUUCACAUAUAAGAGAGGAAGCAAACAAGCUACCUGGUCGUGCGGAUGGAUCGUUCGCCGAUCAUCGUUUGCUGAGCUGUAUGGACUUCAGCCUUGAAGAGUAUUUUGAAAAGGAGCAUCUCACAGAUCUGAGUGGGACUAUCAAUUCCCGCAUUAUGGAACGAGUUUAUAGCGACCUUCUUACCAAGCUGUUUGGGAUCUGUGUUCCUGUGGUAUACCGUAUUUUACACGGCAACAAUGGUAAUCCAUUCCGCCCACCAGAAUCUGCACAAAAGCGACGAAUAGCCAGGCUUGGCAGAGGUGGAGGGAAAUAUUCUGGGGUGUGGUCUCUCAGAAAUACGCUCAGAAGAGUCUCUAAUUCCACUGAAACAGAAAGCAGUGACGCAGACAGCACUGCGCGCGAUAGCGAUGACCUUCCUGGUAUAGCUAGUUACGAUACUGAUCAGCAUAUCCAAUGUGCGCGAGCCGAAUGCGGACACUCUUUGCUUACUCCUACCGAUCGGAUGGCUGUAGUGCAUCAUAUAGCUGCACAUAUACGCCACGAUGAAUCAAGAUUGUUAGGAAGAGCGGGUGCCUCUCCGGUGGUUUCGUGCGACUGUGGGAUUACGGUCGGGUCACCUAUGGGUUAUGUGUAUCACAUAGUACACGAUCAUGUUUUCGAGCAUAGACAGUUCUCUGAAAUCGCUGCCACAAUACUUUCAUACCUAAUUUUGAUUGUGGAAACCGCCAUCGAGUCUGUUCUCGCUGUCCGUCUAGAUUUUCGGUCAACAAAAUGGACAUUGUGGUGCGCCUAUUUUUGUUUAGAAGAGGAUGAAGGUGAGGAGCAAUUCUUUGCUGACAGCACUGACCUAAACGAACACUGGUUGAAAUUAUGGGAAGACCUCAUUGAUGAGUCGAUGACAGGAAAAAAUAUGACGCUUGGAGAUACGAUCAAGUUAUUCGAAAUGCAUCCAUUUGUUGAUGAGCAUCGGCUUCAGACCAGAAAACACAAAUCCGUCCCGAUAAUGUACGCAGAUAAACUCAAUAGAUCAUUGACAAAGAUCUGGCGUCGCUUGAACAGCUGGGCGGCUGAUCCUGUUAAUCGCAUCCAUUUGGCCGCUGACUCACGUUGGAUUCAGCUUGCGCAAACUCGCAGAAAAGUUCUGCUAGAAUACAAGAAGGGUGAACAUGGACAGGCGGAUCUUUUGUGUCGCAUUUCGAUAAAAACCCUUGGGUCAUCUGAGUCGCAGAAGAGAAAACGGUCCGUUCCGAAGACUGUCUGUGGAGCAAACAGAGUUAGAAUGCUGGAAGCUACUCUGCCCGUGAAUGUGACUCCUGAUACUUCUGUGACCGUUUGCUCGGUGGCGUCAGUGGCUUCUCAUCCUGGUGCGGAUCAUGCGGGAACAUCCAACGAGCAAAGAGAUAUUGGAGAACUUGUGCGAUGCAAUAUCUGCGCAGAUGUAAGCAUAAGCGCUACAGAUGCAGCCUCCAUAAAGGACCAUUGUGCCUUGCAUGCAGCCUUGGAAGGAAGAAUGUUAUGCGCUCUUUACAUUCACAGGUCUGCUGAAAGGCCGCCAACUUGUCCAUUUUGUUGCCUGGAAAUGAAUGUGUACAAACCAGCUGAAUUUCUUGAUCAUAUGAAAGUGAAACAUAUGGACAAAGCACGAAAAGUGUACUAUCGAUAUUUGCAUCAGUUCUUCCCACAAUCCAAGAUCUUCUCCGAGCCUUUUACAGCUCCAGCAGAAAGCACAGAAGAACCUGACAAAAAUAAAUUCUUCAUCCGUUGUCAGCGUUCAGAUUGCUGUGGUGUAAAUCCAGUGCUCGUAUUGUCCGGAGAGAAACCAGUCCAACUUGCGGAGGUGGAUAUAGCAAUUGUCAAGCACAUCUUAUGGCAUGUUCGAAAUGAUGGCGCUCUGAGUAUGGACCCUGCUGAACGAGAAUUGCUGACACGAGCAUUGAUGAUUCGUUUGUCUUCAGCUCAAAUGCGGCAGAUCCUUUUUAUGGCAAGAAGGGUCACAAAGCAUUACAGGUAUAGCGAGCCGGAUGUGAUAAAAUAUGUCCAAGCAAAAAUGAAUGAAAUCGGUUGCAUGCUUUUUGGAGUCAACAAGGGACUUGUAUUCCAGAUGGUGUUUACGCGUCGCUUUGUGCGCGAUCAGAGUGGUAUGCUGUUAUAUCCUCCGUGCGUGUGUCGCUUAUGUGUGGAUAAGGAACUUCCUCGUUACUCGAGUGAUCGUCGGAAACGAAGUUUUGUUGCAUAUGCACAUCCAGUUGUUCUUCAUAUCUUGGAGCAUCUUAGUGCGAGGCAACUAUCGGGAAAGAUAACUUCGUUGGCGGAGAACAUGAGAUGGAAGAGUACUUGCAAGAUGGAAGGACUGCGCUUCAAAAGUGUAUCUGCUGCCAUCAAACAUGUUCUCGAUGCUCACAAUGAUAUAGUCGAACUGAGUGCCCUUGAUCUGGUCCUGGAAGAAAUGGGUCUUCUCGAGAUUUUUCGGGAUGCGAUGUCCAUUGUGCUUGGUGAACAAGCUUGGCAACUGGAGGAGGCGCUUGGUUUCGAUGCUUAUAAGCUCAAAACUUGUCCUAGACCAAAGUUUUUGGAUGAAGAAGCCGGUGCUGAUCGUGCGGACUGUACUCGGCAUUGGGACCUUUCAACACCAGUGUGUACUUGUGAUCCUGGGACCCAUGAUGACCCAGUCACAUCAGCGGAUUCGUCCAGUUUCAGAGGAUACAGGCUAAGAACUUCCUCCUUGCGCGAUAUGCCAGAGGCUUCAGCAGCUUGUUAUGAGGAGUUUUUGCAUGGCGUGGAAGCACAUGAAGGAGUGGAACUUCCAUCACCAAAUGAGACAGAACAAAACGUUCAAAAUGACAUGCAAGAGUUGAAUAGAAGCACUUUAGCUAACGAAGGAAACUCUUCUGAACCCAUGACAGUUCCGCUGACAGUGAAGGUUGAGUCAUCUGAAGAUCAAGGUGAUGUUACUGGUAAUCGGGUGGUGACUGGCACUCCAGAUGAAACCAGCUUAUCGCUGAACAUGCCUUCCACUUCUGAAAGUGCUCCAGCUGAAGAGCCAGGGAGACGAAGAAGAAAUUCGAAAAAAGCUCAAAAGAACAACGCUAAGGAAGUCAAACGGGAGGUUGAUGGGGUGACUGUUCCACAACGCAACAAGGCGCUUCCUUUGAAGAACGUUAUACAAGGAUCGAAGACUGUUGCUGCAGCGUUGGUCGCUGCUCUAGGAUCCCCAACCAAGACCGCAAAUCCCACUGCGAAUAACGUUGACUCACAAACAGACGCUACUGAAGCAAGCAUGGAUGCAACUUCAACUAGGAGCGCACCAGUAUCAAAGUCGACUGUCAGUAGAGUACUGGACAGGAAUGAGAAGGAUUCAAAAACUGCUCCUGCUGUUGCCGUGAAGAAGCCUCGGCUAGCAAGCGGAAGCGAAAAUACGGGAGGUGGUGACAACAACGCCCACCCUGAACAACAACUGAAGAGACGUUUGCGCUCGUCUUCUGGUCGUCGGAAAAGCACGCUAAAUGACGCCAGCUCUUCCAAGAAUUAGAAUUCAUUGAUUAUUUGAUCACCUUGCCUACACUAUGUUAGGGUCCACUGAAAAUAGGACGCAGUGUUGCAUGUCAUUUCGUUGGCUUCGUUAGCUUUUUGUACCUAUAGACCUUUCUUCGUUUUAGCCUGCGUCGGGUAUAGUUUGCUCUCAUCCUUAUGUUUCUUUGUUUUGGAGGUUCAUACGAUACUCCGGAUUUUAGCAAAAAAUUCAUCAUUGUACAGAAUACUUAUAAUGAAUACUAAUAAAGUUC